GGCUUGGGCUUCGGUUCCGGCGACAUGGCUAAACGCACCAAGAAGGUCGGGAUCGUCGGGAAAUAUGGGACCCGCUAUGGUGCCUCCCUCCAGAAAAUGGUGAAGAAAAUUGAAAUCAGCCAGCACGCCAAGUACACCUGCUCCUUCUGUGGCAGGACCAAGAUGAAGAGACAAGCCGUUGGCAUCUGGCACUGUGGUUCCUGCAUGAAAACAGUGGCUGGUGGAGCCUGGACCUACAACACGACUUCUGCCAUCAGAAGACUGAAGGAACUGAAAGACCAGUAG